AUGACGGACAUAAUCAACUCGCAGAAUACCGCUGGGCGGGUAUCGCUCUUUCUUCAUUGCAUUGAAUCAUGUUUUUUUAUUUUUUUCCUCUCCUCUCGAAAAGCAAAAUUCUUCUUGUUGAAGCCGCACCUUCACUAAACCUCCAGUUACUCCACACGACACCCGGCCUAGCGGAUCGGCUCGCCCAGCCACCACUGCAGCGCGAAAUAGACGUAAGCCGGGUUCCGGCCGGCGACAAGGACAAUGUCAUACGAGAUCUCCAGGCGCAGCUCGAUGACGAGAUCAACAAAAAUCGGCAGCUCGAAGCACAGUUCAAGUACAGUUUUUUGUGUGCUGAUAGACGAAACUCACCAUCGCGUUCUGCAAGGCGAGGCACGUAGAGAAGAUGUACUUAAAUUCUUUUCUCCCGAGCAACGGCGCUUUUCAUUUUCGAUAUCAGGUACCGGGUUGGUUCCUUCGUAAAGCGAGAGACUCAGGCGAAGAAGACAAUAGAAGCGCUGGAGAGGCAGCUACAGGAUCGCACCGAUGAGGAGCAUUACCAGCGCAUGAAUGUAAUCCGCAACAUGCAGGAUAGCGUCAUACAAGGGCUCGACGGGAUACAAAACAACACUGCUAAAGUGUUACAGGAACAGGAAAAGGACCUCAUGAGAAGUUUUCGAGCCAGGUUACAGGAUCUUUCCAAGGAGCUGGAAAAUCAGAAAGCAGCGAAGGUAGGAAAUUUCUAAUGAAUCUUGUGUGUUUUUGAUCAAGUUUUUCCACGUCAAUAAAAAAACGAAAAAGACUCUUCACAUGAAUCGACAUACUUCAUCAAAAUCGUACCUCAGGGCAACUAUUCCGCCGAGCUGCAGGCUAGGCAUCAGCGGGUGCUGCAAGAACUGCAGUCGUCACAGGAGCUAGCAGCCGUCUUUGACAAAAAAAACCAGCAAUUCAUCGCGGAAAACCAGAAACUGCAGGACAUAAUAAAGACCCGCGAGGUAUUUUUGAAAGCGUUUGCGUACUAACUUUUGAGUGUUCUUUUCGCAACUUGCAAGCAUUGCAAGUUUUGUUCAGAGGACAGAACACAGAUGAAAAAAAGUUCUCGAUCUCCAAAACACGCAGGACGACCGGCACGCUUUGCUGAAGGAGCUGGUGAACGCAAAAAAAGAGAAUACGAAACUCACCGUAGAAAUACAGCAGAAGGAUGAGAAAGUGAAGGACCUGCAGAACGCAAUAGCGAGCAACGCCGUCCCCGGGGCCAGCGCGAGUAGCGCACAUACGAAAAAUGACCGCAGUAAAUUCCUCGCGAGCACGAAGAACAAGGCGUAUUCUAAUUGUUUGUUGAAAUUAGUGUUUCUCUGUGAUUGUGUUGAAAACCAACGCCAAGUGAUAUUCGUCCACAGUAGAAUUAGAAGAAAUCUCGCGGUGCGCGAAAGAGAGUGACGAGUGCCGAUCAAUCUGCAUGUACAACAGGUACGAACGUGAGCUGGCUCACCGGGAGGCGAUAAACAAACUGCAGCGCAUGUUGGAUUCCGAAAGGCUACAGGUCAGGAUGAUGCGAGAUACGCAGAAUGAGCUGUUGCACUCAAGAACGGAAUUGGAAAUGCUGUUGCGGCAAUGCCUCGACGACGUGAAGCUCGAAGUAGCGAAGAAGCAGCUAGACUCGCAAGCAGCAGGGAGGAGUAUGAUUUUUUUUCGAAAUGUGCUGCGACUUCAUUCUUGAUUUAGAUUUUGCCAAUUUCUGACUCGAAGGAUUUCUUCGUCGACCCUUCCAUCGUCAUCGAGCCUUAGAUAAGGACUCGUAAACAACUGCCAUGUGAAUUUCACGACAGAACCCCUCGGUGAGCCGCAGGCUAGCGAUGUUUCUCUGCACGAACUGGGGCAGCCCGCGCGCGAAAGGGUGUUGGAGCUUUUGCUGUCGCAGCAGCGCGUCGUGCAAUUACUGUACGAGAAGUCGUUCCCGGACCGGCCACCAACGCCAAAACAAGGAGAGGCCGAGGGAGCGCCACCCGAGGACUACAAAUGGGUCGAAGAGGUUGCGAAAGGGUGAGUGAAGCAAGUUCACUUCUCACUUGCUAAACUUCAAAUUGUUCCGAGUACGAUCCGAUGGUUUCUGCAGAGGUUUCCUUGUAAUCUUCCCUUCGCCUCCUGUUGUAGUAAUCUGCUUGAGUAAUCUAAUUUCACAAAAAAUCCAAGGUGCUGGCUGAUAUAUCCAGCAGCACGCUUGCUGAACACAUUUUACCGAAUAAAUUUGCUGAUCACAUUGAACCGCGGCGGAGGAGGAGAUGAGCAGAGACCUAUCUUAAUCCUCCUUGAACACUAGGAUCUGCACUACUUCUCUUUGCUUAUGGUU